GGCCGCUGCCGCACCCAGCGCCGGAGCCGAGCGCCCGCGGCCGCCGCCAUGUCCCACCAGACCGGCAUCCAAGCCAGUGAAGAUGUUAAAGAUAUCUUUGCCAGAGCCAGGAACGGAAAAUACAGACUUCUGAAAAUAUCUAUUGAAAAUGAACAGCUUGUAAUUGGAUCAUGUAGUCAGCCUUCGGAUUCCUGGGAACAGGAUUAUGAUUCCUUUGUUUUGCCUCUGUUGGAGGACAAGCAGCCGUGCUAUGUAUUAUUCAGGUUAGAUUCUCAGAAUGCCCAGGGGUAUGAGUGGAUAUUCAUUGCAUGGUCUCCAGAUCAUUCUCAUGUUCGUCAGAAAAUGUUGUAUGCAGCAACAAGAGCAACUCUGAAAAAGGAAUUUGGAGGUGGCCACAUAAAAGAUGAAGUGUUUGGAACAGUAAAGGAAGAUGUCUCAUUACAGGGCUAUAAAAAGUACCUGCUGUCACAGUCUUCCCCGGCCCCACUGACUGCAGCUGAGGAAGAAUUGCGACAGAUUAAAAUUAAUGAGAACCCAGAGGAUCAUAUUGGGGUACAGACUGAUGUGGGUGUGGACACUAAGCAUCAGACACUACAAGGAGUAGCAUUUCCUAUUUCUCAAGAAGCUUUUCAGGCUUUGGAGAAGCUGAGUAACAAACAGCUCAACUAUGUGCAGUUGGAAAUAGAUAUUAAAAAUGAAAUCAUAACUUUGGCCAACACAACAAAUACAGAACUGAAAGAUUUGCCAAAGAGAAUUCCCAAGGACUCAGCACGCUACCAUUUCUUCCUGUAUAAGCAUUCCCAUGAAGGUGACUACUUAGAGUCCAUAGUCUUUAUUUAUUCAAUGCCUGGAUACACAUGCAGUAUAAGAGAACGGAUGCUGUAUUCUAGCUGCAAGAGCCCCCUGCUAGAAAUUGUAGAAAGACAAUUACAAAUGGAUGUGAUCAGAAAGAUCGAGAUAGACAAUGGUGAUGAGUUGACUGCAGACUUCCUUUAUGAUGAAGUACAUCCCAAGCAGCAUGCACAUAAGCAGAGUUUUGCAAAACCAAAAGGUCCAGCAGGAAAAAGAGGAAUUCGAAGACUAAUUAGAGGUCCUGCUGAAACAGAAGCUACUACUGAUUAAAAUUGUUUUAUUAAAAGUUACAAUAUAGUUUUGUAAAAUUCCAGCUUUUAGUACCGGAGACCUGAAAUCAUUCCAUGUUGAUAUGUAGUUGGGAGGAAAAUUGUACUUUUUGAAAAAUAGCACUUUUCACUUCUGUGUAUUUUUAAUAUUAAUGGUAUAGAAGAUUCAUGAUUUCUAUUUUUAGUUAAAACCAGACAAGGUUUCAACAUAGUAAUGUUUAAUUUUGUCACACUGUUUUCAUAGCGUGUUGAUUCCACACUCAUGUAAUUCUUAAAAUUUUUAUAUAUUUUUGCCAGUUCCAGAAAGUCUAAUGUCUUAAAGUAGGACAUAUUUAUUAUUCCUUAGUGAGACAUCUGAAAUUUUUUUGAAAGGACUUUAGGAACAUCUAUUCACACUUCUUGUUGAAAAUGAUAAAGACAAGGUUAGAUUAUACUCUAAGAUGAAAAUAGAGUAUACCUGGGGGGGAAAAAAUGAAAUGUUGCUUAUUCUUAGGGGCUGUGCUGCCUGUUACAUUGGGAUCAUGUCUGCAACUUUGAGAAACAGUGCUUUUUUGCGGCAGUGUUUUCUUACUGACUUUUUUCUUUUGUUUUUUAAUAGCAUUAAGAUUUCAGAAAACCAACUUUGAAAUGUUAAGGGUACCAGAUACUGCAGGAUUUCUGGUGCCAUUAAAAAACUUUAAAAACCUUAGCAUUUCAUUACUUUGGAGAAGAUACUCAGUUUUAAAAUUAUUUUCAAUUUCUAGUGCUUGACAACCUAACAGAUAUGUACUUAAGAAUCUUGUUUCAAGUAAUAUGUUCUUUCAAAACACAUUUAUGUGUUUUGUAAAGCUUUCCAUUUUCAUUACAACCUGGAGAGAGUUUUGAGCCUCGUGUUUCUCUGAUACUUGAAAUAGCGGGAGCUGGAACACUUCCUAUUUAAUAGGUUAAGCCUGCUGCAGAGCCAUAACUGUGAGGAGCUUUUGAAAUGAACUGUGGGUAUCCAGGAUUUCGAAUUCCUUGACUUAGAAUACAUGCUGCAUAAAACAAAUGUCAGAAAUGCACAUUUCAUGGUAUGAAAUAUGAAGCACUCAUGGCUGAGCCUUACUAUCUAAUGUAAUACAUCUUUCAGAAAUUCCAUGUGUUCACGGGAAACAUAAGUAAUUAUGGUUUGGCAGAUUUUUUAAAAAUAGAAUUAAGAGUAUUUGUGUUUUUGUUUGUUUACACAUAGACUAUAAUAUUUAAAUAUGCAAAAUAGUUGGCAGUCAUAUUGCACUUGUUAACUAAAGAUCCACUUUUAAGUUGUUCUAUGAGUGCACAUAUAGACACCCAUACUCACAGAUUCCUGCACUAAGAGUCCUGGAACUAUGCUGCAGACCAGAGCUGAAGCUGUUAUUUUCAGGCAGAAAGGAUACUACUUGUCAUGAAGAUAUAAAAUAAUUCAGUAGUGAAUGUUCUGUACAUCUGUGUGCAGUUGUACUCAAAUUACUACACUACAUGAAAGUAAAUGGACAUUCCAGAAUAUAAAUGUGAUUCUGUAAUCCUACUCAUUAUUAAACCAAUGAUUGCUGAGCAUCAGUUAUGCAUUUGUUUUAGAGUUUAACUCAUUGUUUACAGUAUGUUUUAGGUAACACUAGAUGUGAAUAACAUUCCUAAUAAAUUUAUAUAGCAGUGAAGUUACAUGCCUUCUGUGGACAUUUUAUAAGUGCAUUUUAUAUCACAAUAAAAAUUUUCUCUUUAA